UUUGUGAAUCAAGUUAGAAAAUAAAUUGAAAAUUUCGUAUAAAUUCGGUUAAAAUUAUUUUCGAAAAAUUAUGCAAAAUGUUCGUGAAGAUUUAGUGUCGCAUUUAAUUAAUAAAUUUGUUUGUUAACACCGUUUAUUUCGUGUUUAAAACCGAUUUUCAAAUUGGCAUGCGAAAAAUUUUUCCCUCCAAAUUGUGAACAUAGUGAAAAAGUGAGAACAUACAACGAAAUAAUAAAAGAGAAGUGAAGCGAGUGUGUUUUUGAAGUUAGAAGUGCUUGUCGUGCUGAACGUAUGCUGCUCACAAAUCACAUUACAAGUCAAACGCGACACAAUUUUUACGAGGGCUAGCAGAAACAAAAUCAUAAAAAAAAGAUUUCAAAUUGAAAAUAGAAAAAUUGUGUUGUGAUAUUCACGACAAAACAAAACACCGAAAACAUGCCACUGUUGAAGAGGAAACCAUUUGAAAAAGAUCCAAACACGCAUCAAGCGUUAAAGGACAACCAGGAGGUGUUUUACUGUGAAUUAUCGAAGGAAAUUUUUGUCGAUUAUGAGGAAUACUUCGAACGAACGAUGUUAUUUAAUUCGACAAUAUGGACAUGUGCGGUGAGUGGCAGACCAAAUUUGACAUAUGCUGAAGCAUUGGAAAGUGAGAAAAAGCACAAAAAAAUGAUCGAAGCAUUUCCGCAUGUGCUCAAAGGCCCCGUUGUCUAUAUAGCCAAUCUCACAAAACGUUCAGCAAUUAGUGAUUUGGUUGACGAUGUAUUCAACUAUGUAAACACACGGUUUUUCAAAAAUGAAUUAGUUGUAGCAAAAGAUCCAAAUUCCGAUCAAUUCAUUGAAUGUGAAGUGGUUGGUUUUGUAACAUCGCUGGCGAACACAGAAAGCAGCAGUCCAAAUGGUAAAAUUCCAAUAGAAGAUGUUAAAUAUCGUGUAAAACGAACCGAAGCAAAUGGUAAAUCGCCAAUGCUGUGGACAGUGAAUACCGAUCAAAUUCGUCGCCGUAAAAAGGACAACAGUUUACCAUUCUCCAAGGAUAAAUUGAAAUUGUUCUUGAAACAGUGCAUCGAAUACAAUGACAUUCGUAUGCUGACAAUCAAACAGGAUGCAUACAAACGGUAUGUGACCGAUGCAAAUAUCACAUCGUUGUCCAGUUUUUAUGUCGGCAAACAGCCGAUAUUUGAUCUGUCGAAAGUGUUGGCCGACAAAAAGGAGAAGGAUAAGAAAAAGAAACAAGAACAGAAAAAAGAGAAGCCCGACAAAGAGAAAAAGAAGAAGAAUCUUGAGAAUGGUGUCACAAAAAACGGAACGACACCGAACAAAAAUGGCAAAGUGAAAAAAACCGGUAAACAAUCAUCAUUGGAUGAUUUUGUUACCAAAGACGGCGCAAAAAUAGCCGAACUAAAGAGACUAAAAAAAUUGGAAGACGAAGAAGCCAAACGACGAAAAGAAGAAGAAAACCGCAAACGCAAAGAGUUGGAGGCAGAACGUUUAAAAAUAUUGGCCGAAGAACGUAAAAAACGUUUGGCCGAUUUGAUGCAAUUGGUUCAGGUAACCGUGCGCAAUCUCAAUGCUGUCAAAGAUGACCUCGAACUACAAGAUCAGAAACCAUUGCCGCCAACAAAACCGGUCAAAACCGUAUUUGCCGAUAAAUAUUUUUCGGAUGCUGUUAUGGUGAUCGAAUUCAUCUCAUCGUAUACGACAAUUUUGGAAGACAAGGACAAAUUUCGAAAUGGAAUUGAUUUUAGUCUUAUGGAACGAGCACUACUGAUGCGUGAAAUUGCCGGACCAUUGAGUGACAUUUUGCAAGUAUUGCUUGGUUCAAUAUUUUCAUUGCAAAUUGAAGAAGCCAACGAAAUCGACAUUGAAUUCGAAAGCGGUCCCGUUACAUUCAAAGACAACAUUCCCAGCGAACAAAAAGAUCUAAUUAAACGAGCCACAGCGGCUGCCACAUGGCCGCAAAAGUAUUUGAGCUCAAACAUGAGCGAAUUACCAAUUGAUGCAACUACAUUAACCGAACUUUUACGAUUGCAUUUUCUCACAUCUGGCGCUAAAUUGACGGAAGUUGGCACCAAAUAUCGUUUUCAGGAGCGUGGUGGUUUCCAAAAUACCGACGAUCCGGGCGUUAUGUUUUGCAUUGAAAAUCCCCAUAUUCUAAAAGCAUUAUCCAAGUAUACCGUAUAUGAACUGCCAACCGACGAUAUUUUGUCCAUUCUUCGUGUUUUAAUCAAUCAAAUUUUGAGCUAUUCAUCGGUUCGUGAUUUGGUGGAAGAACGUUUGGAAAAUUCAAACAAAGCAAAAAUGGCACUGAAAAAUUUACUAUCGGCUGAACGAAAGCGGGAAACAACAUUGGCCGCCGAAAUAAAAGCAACAUUGGAAGAAGUUAGAAAAACGAUGGAAGGUUUUGAAGGUACCGAUGAAGAGAAAGCCGCACACAAAGAAGCAUUGGACAAAAAAGCCGAUCUCAAAAUUAAAAAUUUGGAAUUUUUAGCCGAACGAGAGAAGAAAAAGUUCAUUGAACAAUUGGAUAAGUUGAAAAGUGAAAUUUUCGACUAUCAAUUGUGCUUGGGAUCUGAUCGUGCGUAUCGUACAUACUGGUUGUUUGAAUCAUUACCCGGUUUAUUCAUUGAACAUGAUCCAUUUGGUGGACAAUGUAUUGAAAAUCCCGUUACAAAUAUUCAUGGUUUGGCCAAUUGUCCGCCGGAAAAGCGAUAUUUGUUCAUCAAAAAUAUGCUACAGGAACAACAAAAUAACAAUUCAAAUGAUAAAGAUAAAGAAAAUAAAAUGAGUAAUACAUUGGACGCCAAACCAAAGCCAAACGAUGCUCCAAAACUGCUCGAAUCUGAUGCUGAGUCGGCAGCUGUGGCUGCAGCCGAGGCACAGGCACCGCCAGAAAUCACAUACUCACAACGUGAUCUGUUCAUGUGUACAGGUGACUACGAAACAUGCAAAGUUCAUAAUAUAAACGAUAAAUCACGUGUCACAUGGACAUUUUUGCACACCGAAGAAGAACUGAAUGCAUUGAUCGAUUCAUUAAAUCCACGUGGCUAUCGUGAAAAAUUACUAAAGGAACAACUUGAAUCUCAACGAGAACUGAUUCUAUUCCAUACGAAAAAGUGUCCAGUUGAUAAGCUACAAGUUGAGGCCGAUACAAUCGAACAAAGAAUCGAGCAAAUUACCAAUGAUAAAUCUAGAGUGUACUCAAACGCAAUGUUUAAUCAUCCGAAAGGAACGCCCAUUGGUGAUGUAAUGCUGGCCGAAAUUCGAUCGAACAUUCUGGAAUUGGAGUUCAAAGUUACAACCGGACAGCUUGGCGUGUUGGCUGUAAAAGAUCGCUUGCAAUGGCGUAGCGCUAUAGAGGCCCAGAGUUAUGACAUGCAGACGAGUCAUUUGCAAUGGGGACCAUAUGGUCAAUUCCAAGAAGACUCAAAGGGCAAACAGAAAGCUAUUCAACAAAAUGGAAAAGUGCCGAUCAAAAAGGAGGAAAAUGAUGGUGAAGAGGAAGAAAAUGAAGACGAAGAUGAUGAAAAUACGUCAUUGUCAAAUAUGAAUUAUGAAGAUCCUGGAGCAUUUGUCAAUGAUGAUCAAAGCGAUGAUUCAUCGGAACACGAAGAAAAAUUCAAACAAAUUCAUGGACUUUCCUGUGCUCUCUUACAAAUUGCACAAUCGAUCGAUGUCAAGUAUUUUAAACCGCCAUAUGGUAAUUUAAAAUCGGGCGGUAAACACGGAACAAAAGAGGAGAAUGCCGAAAAGGCACAACGCAGCUUGGAAAGAUGGCAGGUUUCAUUAAUGCAUUGUCAAAAUGCUUCACAGCUAUUUUUACACUACAAUGUUUUGUAUGAUGCCAUCAAAUGGACACGAUCGGCUCAAAAUGCAAAAUGUUCGUGUCGCAGUUCCAAAGAUCCAGACAAAUUGCUAUUAUGUGACGGUUGCAAUAUCGGACGUCAUAUCUACUGCUUAAAACCAAAACUAACGAAAGUGCCUGAAGGAGAUUGGUUCUGCAGCAGAUGCAAACCGAAUCAAGAGCCGCCAACACAGAAAAAGAAACGUCAAGCAUUCACCUAUUCAGAAGAAGAGGAUGAUAAUGAUGCCGAAGAAGAGGACGAGGAGGACGAAGAAGAUGGAGAAGAAGACGCAGAAGAAGAUGAAGAAGCUGAAGAUAGUGACGAAUCAACAUUGGACAGCACAUUUGAAGAUUCACCUUCUGACAGUAACUAUACAGAUAAGAAAGUUUGUGCAAGAUGUAAUAAAACCAAUCGCAAUCUGUUCAAAUGUUCGAAAUGUGAUCGACACUUUGAUACUAAAUGUUUGAAUUUAAAAUCGAAACCGGACAAAAAAUGGGCUUGCAGUUAUUGUACAGAAGGCAGAAAUAAACGACGUAGAAAUCAAAUUGAGGAUUAUGACAGUGAUGAAGAAACAGCAGCAAAAACACCAAAAUUGAAUGGUACCGAAGAACGACGAUCAUCGCGACGAAAAACCGAAUCAUCACCGCUCAACAGUCAUCGUUUGAGCAGCACAAGACGUAGUCGUGCAAACGAAGAUCUUUUACUCGACAACGUGUCCAUUCACAAGUUGCUCGAUGAAGUAUGUAAACACGAGAAUUCAUGGCCAUUUUUGCGGCCGGUCAGCAGGCAUGAAGUGCCCGAUUACCAUAAAGUCAUCAAAAAUCCCAUGGAUUUGGCCAAAAUCAAAUCAAAACUAAACACCGGACAAUAUUCAACAAACGCAGAAGUCAUGAAAGACAUUCAAUUGAUCUUUUACAAUUGUGACCUGUACAACCAAAAUGAAUCGGAAAUUUAUGUAGCCGGUGCAACGCUGGAGACGUACAUUGUGUCACGUUGUAAAGAGCUCGGUUUGCUGUUCGUUCCAAGUGAGAUGGCCAAUAGUUUAAGCGAUGAUUCGUCCUCAAAACGAAAGCGUCAAAAACUGUAAAUGCUGAGCAACAUCUUGAUACAUACCAACCCAUAGAAAAUGCACCAAUUCGUAACAAAAAAAAAAAACAAACAAACAAACAAAUAAUCGAA